AUGACCAGAGGAAAAGGCAUUUUUACACCGUUUAUUAUUUUUGCUUUACACCGAUCCUUACCAUUCAAAAUGGCUUCCGCAGAUGACCAUGAGAUGGAAGAUGAACGUUUGUCAUAUUUUGGGGAAGUUGGACGGAUUUACCUUCAGGCAGAUGAAGAGUCACGGGUUUGUAAGAAAGGUCGUCUCUACAAAGAAGGUUGGGUUGAGUUCAAACGGAAAAGGCAUGCCAAACUGGCCGCUCAGAUGCUUAAUGGUGAAGAAGUGAGUGCAAAGCCAACAGCUCCUUGGGCAGGAGAAUUAUGGAACAUGAAAUAUUUACCCAAGUUUCUUUGGACACACCUUGGAGAGCGGUUGGCCUACGAACAAGCUGUGCAUAAACAGCGGUUGCAAACAGAACUGUCCAAAGCCAAACGCGAAGCCAAUGUAAAGAAUAAAAGUCAAGAUAAGCAGCCUACGACUUUCUUUUCCUCUCCCUUCAUCUUUUCCUUUUUAUCUUUUCCUUUCCUCUUUUGCUUUCCUUUCAUCUUUUCCUCUACUUUCAUCUUUUCCUCUCUCUUCCUUUCAUCUUUUCCUCUAUCUUCUUUUCAUCUUUUCCUUUCCUCUUUUCCUCUCAUUUCAUCUUUUCCUCUCUCUUCCUUUCCUCUUUUCCUCUCCUUUCAUCUUUUCCUCUCUCUUCCUUUCAUCUUUUCCUCUAUCUUCUUUUCAUCUUUUCCUCUAUCUUCUUUUCAUCUUUUCCUUUCCUCUUUUCCUCUCCUUUCAUCUUUUCCUCUCCUUUCAUCUUUUCCUCUCUCUUCCUUUCAUCUUUUCCUCUCUCUUCUUUUCAUCUUUUCCUUUCAUCUUUUGCUUUAUUUUCAUCUUUUCCUCUCUUUUCAUCUUUUCCUCUCUCUUCUUUUCAUCUUUUCCUUUCCUCUUUUCCUCUCCUUUCAUCUUUUCCUCUCUCUUCUUUUCAUCUUUUCCUCUCUCUUCUUUUCAUCUUUUCCUUUCAUCUUUUGCUUUAUUUUCAUCUUUUCCUCUCUUUUUCUUUUUUCUCAAACUUUCUUACUUACGCUUUACUUUCCCUCCUUCAAACCUUAUUUCUAA